AUGAGAGCACUUAUUCUUGUUGGUGGUUAUGGUACCCGUUUGCGGCCAUUAACAUUGACAAAACCGAAGCCAUUAGUAGAAUUUUGUAAUAAACCAAUGGUUUUACAUCAAAUUGAAGCUCUAGCUCAAGUUGGUGUAACCCAUGUCAUUCUGGCGGUUAGCUAUCUCUCGGACAUGCUUCAACGAGAAAUGGAAGUCGAAGCAAAACGUUUGAAUAUUAAAAUAACUCUUUCUCAAGAAGCAGAACCAUUAGGGACAGCUGGCCCAUUGGCGUUAGCACGUGAUCAUCUUCAGGGCGACAAUGAUCCAUUUUUUGUUCUCAAUUCUGAUGUGAUUUGCGAAUUUCCAUUUGAAGAUAUGAUUAAAUUUCAUAAGAAUCAUCAAGCCGAAGGUACUAUCUGUGUAACGAAAGUAGAUGAACCAUCCAAAUAUGGUGUUGUGGUCUACGAACAGACCACUGGUAGGAUUGAGCGUUUCGUGGAAAAGCCACGUGAAUAUGUUUCGAAUAAAAUCAAUGCUGGUUUAUAUAUUUUCAAUUCGACGAUUCUCGAUCGAAUCGAAUUACGACCAACAUCGAUUGAAAAGGAAAUAUUUCCAGCGAUGGCAACAGACAAACAGCUGUAUGCGUUUGAAUUGAAAGGUUUCUGGAUGGAUGUAGGUCAACCCAAAGAUUAUUUAACUGGUAUAGGUUUAUAUCUAAAUCACGUUCGUCGUUCUCAACCGGAACGAUUAUCACGCGAGAACGGAAUUGUUGGCAAUGUGUUAUUGGACCCAACUGCAAAGAUCGGCGAACGAUGCCGUAUCGGGCCAAAUGUAGUUGUUGGCCCUCGAGUUAUCAUUCAAGAUGGUGUAUGUCUGAAAAACUGCACUAUUCUCGCCGACUCAUUGGUUAAAAGUCAUACAUGGAUCGCUAAUUGUAUCAUUGGCUGGAGAUGCACAAUUGGACAAUGGGUUCGAAUGGAAAAUACCACCGUCCUCGGUCUGGAUGUUUCCGUGCAAGAUGAAUUAUUCAUCAAUGGUGGGGUUAUUUUACCACAUAAAGCCAUUACAGAAAGUGUUACAGAACCGAAAAUUCUUAUUUAA